AGAAUACAUCAAAAUGGCAGAUCACUAUGUGCCUGUGCCGGGAGGGACCAACAACAACAACUACGCUAAUGUGGAGCUCAUUCUGGACAUUGCUAAACGCAUACCUGUUCAGGCAGUGUGGGCUGGCUGGGGUCACGCCUCAGAGAACCCUAAACUUCCAGAGUUGCUGCAUAAGAAUGGCAUUGCCUUCAUGGGACCCCCAAGUCAGGCCAUGUGGGCUUUAGGAGACAAGAUUGCCUCCUCCAUUGUUGCUCAGACAGCUGGAAUACCAACACUACCAUGGAGUGGAGCAGG